AUGCAUGGUAUUUUGGCAACAGCUGAUGACAUGAAUGAGCUUGGUGGUUGGCUCACCGCAUCAUUUCCGGGUAUCUACGUUGUUUCGAUCGAAAUUGGCAAUGGAUACGAUGAUUCUUUUUUAUUACCCAUGAAUAAACAAGUAGAACUCUUUUGUGCCAAUGUUCUCGCGGAUAAACAUCUACGUGAUGGCUUCAACAUGCUUGGCAUUUCACAAGGUAGUUUGAUUGUGAGAGGAGCCGUCGAACGAUGUUCACUGCCUGUCUACAAUUUGAUUACCAUGGUUGGUGCUCAUCAAGGUAUCUUUGGUGAUCCUUCUCUUAAGUUACUUCCUCGUCAAUUUUGGGAAUUAGUUUCAAGGUAUGCGUAUGAAGAGUCUGUUCAAAAUGUGAUUAGUAUUGCAGGCUUCUGGCGUGAUCCUUUUCAAUUGGAGAAAUACAUUAAUCGAAGUCAUUUUCUUCCGGACAUUAAUAAUGAACGUGAAGUUCGCAAUGAAACCUAUCGUAUGAAUAUGCUGAAGCUCAACGCAUUUGUUAUGACAUAUUCAGACAUUGAUGACGUUAUAACGCCACCACAAUCCGGUUGGUUUCUGGGCUAUGCAUCACAAUCGUUGGAACCUGAAACAUGGAAUCAAUCACGUCAAUUCACAGAAGAUCUCAUUGGAAUGCGAACAUUGCAUGAACAAGGCAAAUUACAUAUGUUCAUUGGCCAUACUCGUCAUCAAGAUUCUGAGCAUGCUCCUGAUAAAGAAUUCUUUUUUCAAAAUAUUCUGCAAUUUUUCAAUAAUACGCUUCCAUAG